UGUGUUUUCCAGUCAACGGUGGUUGCAGUGGUGCCUACUGCCCAGAGAAGGAGAGUGGGUCAGAUCUGCGGGGCAGUGAGGGCACACUGAUGCGCCGUGGACAGAGUGGGAAGAGUGUGGCCGUGCCACCGGGGUGCCAGCCAGGUCCAGGGGGUCACUACGACAGUGUCCACUGUGACCGGCCCACACCCACACACACCCUCCAUCUGCAGGACCGCCAGCAGCAGCAUGCCGACGCCAGGUCCUCUGCCUUCCAGAGAUCCCUGGCCUCGCCCGGCCCAGGCUGCGGCACCUCCAACGCAACCAGAGCAUUUCCUCUACCAUACCCCAUCAAACAGGAGGCUUCCAUGGGCUACACGAUUUCCCUGGGACUGGGGGUCCCCACCCCCACCCAGGGUGGCUUCCAGAGUGGCACGGGAGGCAUUGGGGUCCGGCGGGAGGAGAUGGAGGGUCCUCUCAGUGGUGGAAGCUGCGGCGCUAACUUAGGCAGUGCUCUGUCGGUGGAUGCGGUGUACCCUUUUAAUAAUGAAGAUGACUCCUCCCCGCUGUCUUUGUCCCAGGGUGGCUCUCGUCAUUCAGCGCGGCUGCUCACCAAUAGCAGCGUGAAGAGACGCUGCCUGUCGCUGGCCUCCCAGUCCGCCGCUGCCAGCAGCAACGCUAAUGCCUUGGCAAACGCCGUCGUCACUGCCACUGACGGAAUCGAUAUCACCACCAUCAUCUGCUCCUCCCAGAUGUCCGUGGUGGCCUGCGUCAACGGGCUCCGGACGAACUCCUCACCCCAGCCCAGUGGCGGCUUCUCCUUCCGGGCUGCCCCCCGCAAGCCCCUGCCCCCGCAGCAGUGCAGCAGCCCCCAGGAAACCCCCUUGCGAGAGAUCUGUCAACUGCCAUCACCUGCCGCCUGCCUGCUGUCCCUCUCCUCGUCGUCCUCCUCCUCCUCUGUGUCAUCUCUGGAGCCGGAGCAGCAGACCCAGGGCCUGUGUGAGGAGCCUGGCUCCAUGCAGCCGGGACCUGGGGGUGGAGGUGGAGCAGGCUCUGAGGGGCUGGGGCUGCUGAUGAGUGGGACCCUGAUGACAGGAGGGCUGCUUGGGGACGUGUCUCUGGGAGGGGGCUGUCAGAGGGCCGGCUGUGGAGCUCUGAAACAGGAGCCUCUGGACGACUUCUCCCCCAGUGAGGAGGAGCUCUUUCAGCACCACUACCACCAUCACCACCACCGCUCUGCGGCCAGCCACCUCCACCCUCACCCCCACCACCCAGCCCCACCACUGCCCUCCAUGCCCCCGCCCUACCACCUGCACCAGUACGGGGGCCCCAGCCCGGGGGGCCUGCUGCACCUCCAGAACCAGAACCAGACUGUAUCAGCAUCUUCCUGCAUCCUUCCAGGACCCAAGACCUCGGGCUCUGCUGAGGGUGAGGACGGUGGGCCGCUCAGCGACAAGCAGGUGUGCCGCUGGAUUGACUGCAGCGCGACGUACGAGCAGCAGGAGGAGCUGGUGAGGCACAUCGAGAAGGUGCACAUUGACCAGCGCAAAGGGGAGGACUUCACCUGCUUCUGGGCCAGCUGCAUUCGCCGCUACAAGCCCUUCAACGCCCGCUACAAACUCCUCAUCCACAUGAGAGUCCACUCGGGAGAGAAGCCUAACAAGUGUAUGUUUGAGGGCUGCAACAAGGCCUUUUCCCGCCUGGAGAACCUGAAGAUACAUCUACGGAGCCACACGGGGGAGAAGCCCUACCUGUGCCAGCACCCCGGCUGCCAGAAAGCUUUCAGCAACUCCAGCGACCGGGCCAAGCACCAGCGUACUCACCUAGACACGAAACCGUACGCAUGUCAGAUCCCUGGCUGCACCAAACGCUACACAGACCCCAGCUCUCUACGAAAACACGUCAAGAUCCACUCCGCCAAAGAGCAACAUGUGGAUAGAAAGCUGAGGCCGUUCCCCCACCUGGAGCAGGACGUCCUGAGUGAGUGUCUGUCAGUGCAGCACUUGCAGGGCUCCACCCCCUCCCAGCACCAGCACCUUAACUGCCCUACCCCCGCGCAGCAGCACCUGUUCAACGAGAAAGACGGCCGCUCCCUCGGACUGGGACAAGACAUCUUCACAGGCCUGUACACUGGCUCCAGCACCCCCCAUCACGGUGUUUCGAUGGAGCUCCUCUCCCCAGGACCAGCCCCCACCACUGGCUCAGCCUCUGGCCCUGAUCUGCCCCCCAGGCAGUCCCGCCUGGAACGGGACCUGAGCAGCCCGCAUUCUCUGUCCCCUCUGUCCACCAUGGAGAGCACACGCGAUGGCGUGUCAGGUCCUCUCCUCUCCCCAGGGAUGAAGGGUACAGGCACUUCCCCCCCUCCUCUGGAGAAGCAACAGCAGCACCUCCACCCCCACCACAAGCCCUACUCUCACUACCACCAGCAGGCUGCCAGCCACGAUUACCAGGGCAGCUUUCAGAGCUGCUUCCAUUUUGGAGACUCGUACAGAAUGGAACAGUCUGUGAGUGGUGUUCAUGUACCAGCGGAUUCACAUGGUUACACUUCCCACCAGAACAACGGCUUCCACAUGUCGAGUACCAGCAGUGGCUCUGCUGCAGGCUUCAGCUUGGCACAGGACCUCCAAGGAUCAGGGGAGUGCCAGUUCUCCUCCAGCCCAGAGGAGAGCAUCUUCUUCCAGGUGAACAGCUUCGACCGCAGCCUGAGUCAGAUGUCCUCCGUCUACACAGAGACAUAGAGGACCCGAUGCUACCCUGGGUAUCGCUAUACGGGCGAUGUAUCUCAAUAGUCUGGAGUGGCAUCCAUUCCUUACAAGUUUGUUCUGUUCUAAAGGAAACAAUACAAUUGAAAACAAUCUCUACUGCUCUAGAACGACUGUCAUAACUCU